UUGCAAGACAGAGUCCUUCAAUCACGGCUGUCACGUUCCAACACUGCAUUUCACCAUCGGAACGGCCACACCCAGCCCUUAGGGUGUGUCCUUAUGCGUCUAUUUGUGGAAACAUCGAGGUCUGAACCUUGUGAACGUACACACAGGACUCCGAUAGGCUUGUUCUUUUACGAUCUGGUCUUCAGGAACAUCUUGCACAACAUUCAGACGAGUCUAUAUAUUGACUGCUGAAUGUCCUGGAUCUCGGCACCGCUGGACCCAUCUUGGACAACAACAUCUUCAACAUCAGGUCCAAAGCACGAGCAGGACUCAUUCGCCCGGGAGUAUCAUCGCCGCUUCUCUCGUCAUGGAUAAACAGUCUUCAUCUUCCAAAAGCCAGAAGGCGCCAAAGCCUCGCAACAGUGAGCUACGCAAGGAGCAGAACAGAAUCGCCUCGAGAGCUUAUCGUGAAAAACGCAAGCAGAAGCUUGCUUUGCUUGACGAGAUCUUGCGGACCGAAUCUCGUGACUCGAGUAGUCCGUCCUUGCCAGACGACUCCGAGGACUUCAUAUCAAGUCUCGCACCCCCACAAACUCGUCACUCUUCAUACAGUCCGACUCCGAGCAUCAGCCAUGCGAGCAUCGAGUCAAAUGCACCAGACCAUGCACCCGCACAAUGGCAAUAUCGAGAUUACGACCAAGAUGUGUAUCAGAGUCCAGAAUGGCACCCUGCAACAAGCCUAGCGACAGCACCGCCAACUCCAAGGCAUGAUUUGCUGACCCCGGGCAUGUCUGGUUCGCCAUAUCUUGCUUCCUCCGACCACUACUACACCGUACCAGGAUCCGAACACUCUUCGUUAUCGACAGACUCGUCCUAUCCCGCACCUCUGGGAAUGGGCGAUCAAGCGGUGGUUGAUUUGGGUUAUUUGGAGCAUCCCACUCCUUUUCGCGACGACUACUCGUAUGGACAGAGAUUCCAUGCUACGGGUCAUGGCCAUGUGGUGCCGACGGUACCGGAGAGCUUCAUCAGGCAAGACGGCAGCCAUAACCAGCAAAUGCUUGCAACACACCGCAGGAACCGGAGCUCAUCAAGUCCAGCACAUGAUGAACACAAUUUUGCUUACCCAUAUGGUACGCUCUAUCCUGUGUAAGUCCUGCUGUUGAGAGGCAGUGGCACACAACUCUCCAAAACAAGGUUGCGCAUACAACAGCCGUGUUGUGGUGACAUGAGCCUGCGUAGCGCAACUACAAGCCGGCAGGACCUUCGAAGGAUCAGCACUCGGGCGCCCCUAGCUCUGCAAAAGCAGACGGUUCAGCGCCCGUCACAUUGCAGCUCAUAUCAUGUUGGUCGACACACCCGACGUGGGCCUACAAUUUGC